UCACUGAUAGUAGCAGAGAGACCUUCCCUUUCGUUGAGCUUUUUCAACUGAAGUAAGCCGCUUUUGGAGGAGGAUGGGUGACAGGAAGCUAUCGCGAAUGGGUUUGGAUGAUGCGAUCCUACGCAGGUUGACGGCUCGGGAUCUCCACACGGCAAGGGAUGUGUUAUGCCGGCCGGAGUUAGACUUGAUGGAAAUUGUGGACCUUCCUGCAGACGUGCAAUCUCAGACGUUGAUGCACGUCAGCCGUGCCGUUUGCCCUCCUUGUCGAACUGUCCUGGAGCUUGUUCGGGAAGAGGACGAGGCAUCCAAGGCUGGUAGACCACGGAGUCUCAAGACGCGGCUGAGAGCAGUGGACCACGCACUCCUCGGGGGCAUCCCAUUGGGAGCGAUUACGGAACUCGUCGGGCCCGCUGGAAUCGGCAAAACACAGUUUUGUUUCAUGCUGAGUGUGUUUGCUAUUCUGCCGGUCGAGUGGGGCGGACUAGGUGGUAGCGUGAUAUACAUCGACACAGAGAACAAGUUCAGCUCCGAACGACUGUUCGAGAUCGCACAGCAUCAUAUUGCUGCGGCCUCCCCCGGGGAGGAGCUCUCGGGUUCCUCGGACAGGCUUGGGGGGAUGAUGGAUCACCUGGGGGCAAAGGUGGUUGUCGUGAAGCCUACGUCCUCGGGGGAGGUUAUAGAGAGACUGCAGGGACUAGAAGAGGCUGUCAUAGAGCGCCAGGUCAAGCUCCUCGUAGUAGACAGUGUGGCCUCUCUUGUUAGGAGUGAGUAUGGAUGCGAAAACAUCGUCAAGCGGCAGGAGCUGCUAGGUAGGCAAGCGGCCGUCCUUAAGUACCUCGCGGAAACUUUCAAGAUGGCGGUUGUUGUCACUAACCAGAUCACCACACGCUUUGGCGCAGUGGCUUCCGAUCUCAGGUUCUCGGUCUCAGAGCAAAGCACGUGGAAAGCGGAAGGGUUCGUUAGACGGGGCGGGAUGGAUGACGACGAUGCGUCUGCCUCGUCCAAACUGAUGGCGGCGUUGGGAACGAAAUGGGCUCAUGCUGUCAACAUCAGAAUCGUACUCGAAGCAUUCAGAGGUCGAAGGAUAUUGAAGAUUGUGAAGUCCCCGAUGUCUGCAGUUCUCGCGUUUCCUUACUCUGUGACUGCUGAGGGCAUAGUCUUGGACGGUUGUGAGGUGUUUGACGCUGACGACGGCGGGAAGAUGAGCAUACACAAUGAGAAUGAUGACCUUUACCUCUGAUAACUUUCUUCUAGCUCUGGCUGACCAAACUGUGCAUGUUCUGCGACGCAGGCCGUUGA